CUUUUUUUCCCUCUCAUCUGCUACUUUAAGGUCAACCUGUAACGACUUUGAUAUGAUUAUUUCUCUUUUAAAGGUUUUCUUUGGGCAUUCAAACUUGCAAUUCCCGUUACUUUUGUUUGUUGCAAAGUCUCCCCAUAAAUUAAUGGGGCCAUUGACUUUGAAAAUAAUACCUCUCCAAACUUCCAUUUGCUUCUUUUCCGUGUAGGGCAUGUCAAUAUAAAUAUUGCUCAAAACUUAACUAGUUCUUCCAACAGCUCCAUGGACAACCCCUAUUGUCUAGUUAUUCUUGCAUUCUUUUACACUAUUCUUGUACGAGCUCAAUCUUUUAAUUUUCUUUACAAUGGAUUCAAUAAUUCAGAUAUUAUCAGAGAUGGAGUUGCAAUUAUCAAUCCUAGUGGUGCACUUAAGCUCACUAAUAGAUUAUAUCAUGUUAUAGGCCAUGCUUUCCACCCCAAUCCUAUACCAAUUUUCAACUCAAGUUCUAAUUCCCUUGCUAAAAAUGCUUCUUCAUUUAGUACAUACUUCGUUUUCGCCAUUGUCCCUCUUGAGAAAACUUCAGGUGGCUUUGGCUUUACUUUCACCUUAUCUCCAUCCCGGGGUUUCCCAGGUGCUCAAGACGAUCACUUUCUUGGAGUCCUCAACUCGAUAAACGAUGGAAAUCGUACUAACCAUAUAUUUAUGGUUGAAUUUGACACUGUGAAUGGUCACAAUGAAGGUGUGGACACAGAUGGAAAUCACAUUGGAGUCAACAUCAAUGGCAUGGCGUCUAUCGCAUCACAACCAGCCAAUUACUAUGUGGAUGGAACUUCUAAAACAGAGGAGGUAAAUCUACAAAGAGGAGAAUCAAUUCAGGCUUGGGUUGAUUAUGAUGGAGUGAACAAAGUGGUAAAUGUAACUAUAGCUCCCAUAUCAGUUUCAAAGCCAAUUAAACCUCUGAUCACUGAGGGCAUAGAUUUGUCCCCUGUGUUGAAGGAAACAAUGUAUACUGGUUUCUCAGCAGCCACGGGAGAUAAUAAAGCGAGCUCUCAUUACAUAUUAGGUUGGAGUUUUCGGUUGAAUGGAGCUGCUGAUCCUUUAAAUCUUGCUAAGCUACCUCUUGCUCCACCUGAAGUGGAAAGAUCUUCCAAGAAUUCCCAUCUCAAAAGGGCCUUAAUCGCAUCAUUUUCCUCUGCGGUUAUCCUGAUCCUUGGAGCAUUUUUAUCUGUUUAUAUCUACAGAAGGAUGAGGCAACAUGAAGUUCUAGAGGACUGGGAGUUGGAUUGUCCUCACAGGUUCCGAUAUAGAGAUCUUUACAAGGCAACCAAGGGAUUCAAGGUGAGUGAACUAAUUGGAGUUGGAGGCUUUGGUGCUGUUUACAAGGGUGUUUUGCCAACUAACGGAGCCGAGGUUGCGGUGAAGAAGAUAUCAAGCAAUUCUCUUCAAGGAAUGAGAGAAUUUGCAGCGGAGAUCGAAAGCUUAGGCAGGUUAAGGCACAAACACUUAGUGAACCUUCAAGGCUGGUGCAAGACCAAGAAUGAUCUUCUCCUAGUGUAUGACUUUGUCCCCAACGGGAGUCUUGAUUCGUUACUUUAUAGACCGAAAACGAACGUCGUUCUAGCAUGGGAUCAGAGGUUUAACAUCGUAAAAGGGAUCGCUGCAGGGCUUCUUUACUUGCACGAAGAAUGGGAUCAAGUGGUAAUACAUCGAGAUGUGAAGAGCAGUAACGUGUUAAUAGAUGGUGAAAUGAAUGGCAAAUUAGGAGAUUUUGGGCUAGCUAGAUUAUACGACCACGGCAAGAAUUCACACACUACGAAUGUUGUUGGAACAAUAGGGUACAUCGCACCAGAAUUGACACGAAUGGGGAAGGCCUCAACGAGCACGGAUGUGUACGCGUACGGUGUACUACUACUUGAAGUAGCUAGUGGAAGGUCACCUAUUAUCUAUGAACCGGGGAAAGGAGCGUUAAUACUAGCAGAUUGGGUGAUAGAAUGUUUUCAACUAGGUAAUAUUUUUGAUGCAGUUGAUCCUAGGUUGAAGAAUUCUGGCUAUGUAGAUAAAGAGGUGAAAAUGGUAUUAGGACUUGGGCUUAUUUGUUCUCACCCAAGACCAGAAUCUAGGCCAACAAUGAGACAAGUUAUGAGGUACCUCAGUGGAGAUGAAUCACUUCCAAUAUUUGAGCAGUUGAGCUCUAUUGGAUCUGGUAGGGUUGAUGAAAUCACAUCCAAGUUCUUGGAAGUGUUUGCUAGUGAUACAAUCAAUUUAUCACGACGUUCGUUAUCCGUCGGACAGAUAUCAUCUAGUUCGCUAAAUGCUGGUAGAUAGAAACUGGGAACUAAUUCUGUAUAAAGGACAUACACUGUUCUUUUGUUUUGUUUAAGCACUUUGUUGGGAUUAAGUAGCUUCUAUUUACCCAAAA